GGCCCUUUUGCCUACCUCAGUACCCUUGGAGCAAACUGGAAGUCACUCUGUCACACCAGGAGCUGGCACUGGGCACAGGACACGGCUCCUACCUAUGUCUCCCUUUCUAUCCCAGAAUGGAAGUUUACAACUCCAUGUUCCAGUUACAUUUCCCCAGGGAAGGCAAUCCCAUCCUUCACACAUACUUCAAGGAACCCAAGCAUCGGAACCAACAUUCAGUGCUCACCCUGGGCAGUCUGAACAAACCACAGAAUCUGCACCCAGAUGACAUCAGAGAGGAAGAUUUUUUUUUUCUUUUAAACAUGUUUUUAGAUUUAUUUGUAUGAUGGUUUUGUAUGCAUGUAUGUACAGUAGUAUGGUAUCACAUGUAUACCCUGUGCCCUUGAAGGUCAGAAGACGGCCUGAAACUAGAGUUAGGAUGGUUAUGAGUCACCAACAAACCCCAAGGAAGAUUUUUUCCCUUUUGGUUGUUUUUUUGUUUUGAGAAGGGGUCUCACUGUAUAACUGGCUGUCCCGGAACGAUGUAGACCAGGCUGGCCUGGAACUCAGAGACCCCUUGCUUCUACCUGGAGAGUUUAAAGGCAAGUGCCACCACAUCUGGUCAGGAUUUUCUUGAUACUGGAGAAAGACAGAAAACUAGCACCACAUGUCCCAUCCGUUCAUUCUGCCAGGGUAAAAACUCUUAUGGACUUUCCCAAGUUUCAUGAGAGCAGAGUGGCCAGCUGGGUGUUAGCACCUGUCCAAAACUCCGGAGACUGAGGCAGGCAGAUCCAGAGCUGGAGGCUGGCCUGGGUUACGUAGUGAACUCCAGGCCAGCUCGGGCUAUAGAGUGAUUCGUUGUCUAAAACGAACACUCUGCUCGCUGGGAUGUGGCCGGAGUAGGUCCUAGCAUGCACGGAGCUCUGGUUUAUCCCCCGCAAUGCAUGUCUGUGAUUCCAAGACGUGGGAGAUGGAGGCGAGAGGAUCAUCCUUCGCCUGACAGCAAAUAAGAGGUUAUCCUUGGCCUGACAGCAAGUGAGAGGCCAGCCUGGAAUAUCGUGACCCUGAGUUAAAAAUAAAGAACGGAGCCCGAAGUGAUGGCACACACCUUUAAUCCCAGAACUCGGGAAAAAGGCAGCCGGAUUUAUGAGUUCGAGGCCAGUCUUGGUCUACAGAGUGAAUGUGAGGACGUCCAGGGCUACGCACAGAAACCCUGUCUGGAAAAACCAAGACAAAAAGGAAAAAAAGAAAAAAGAAAAACAGACCGGGACAGGAAACGCCGCUCCCACUCAACCGCCCAGCUCGAGGCCACGCCCUCGCCGCCUGACUCAACCGGCGGGCUUGAGGCUCGAACUCAGGAUACUCCCCGAGUCCCGCCUCGGCCCACGCGCCGUGGGCGCGCCGCCGGGGGUCGCUUGGGCAACGGGCGCGCGCCCUCCGGAGCGCGGAACCCGGGAAGCCGCACGCGGCGCGCGCAGCAAGUCUGCUCCUCGGGUUCGGGCCUCGUCCGCGAUGCCCCGCCUACCGCUCCGCCCCCGCGGAAGUGCCGGCCGCCUUUUCGCUAGCUGACUGGUCCUCCCGUACAGAGGGCGGAGCUCGCGGUGAGGCGGGGGUGCGUACUUCCGGCUGCCGGCUUGACAUGCAGAAGCCGCUGCUGGGGAGCUUGGGGCUGCGGUGGUGGCGGGUGACGGGCUUCGGGACGCGGAGCGACGCGGCCUAGCGCGGCGGACGGCCGUGGGAACUCGGGCAGCCGACCCGUCCCGCCAUGGAGAUGGAGAAGGAGUUCGAGGAGAUCGACAAGGCUGGGAACUGGGCGGCUAUUUACCAGGUGAGGACACUUGUGUCUACCCAGAAGGGAAAGUUUGAUGGCUGCUUCUGAAGAGGCCUGCCUGGGAGUGCUGCACCAAGACAGGGCGCUGGACUGGCUUCCUGGAAACAUACGUUGUUGCUAAGACAUUCGACAUGAAGCCAGCGACUUCCCAUGCAAAGUCGCGAAGCUUCCUAAGAACAAAAACCGGAACAGGUACCGAGAUGUCAGCCCUUUUGACCACAGUCGGAUUAAAUUGCACCAGGAAGAUAAUGACUAUAUCAAUGCCAGCUUGAUAAAAAUGGAAGAAGCCCAGAGGAGCUAUAUUCUCACCCAGGGCCCUUUACCAAACACAUGUGGGCACUUCUGGGAGAUGGUGUGGGAGCAGAAGAGCAGGGGCGUGGUCAUGCUCAACCGCAUCAUGGAGAAAGGCUCGUUAAAAUGUGCCCAGUAUUGGCCACAGCAAGAAGAAAAGGAGAUGGUCUUUGAUGACACAGGUUUGAAGUUGACACUAAUCUCUGAAGAUGUCAAGUCAUAUUACACAGUACGACAGUUGGAGUUGGAAAACCUGACUACCAAGGAGACUCGAGAGAUCCUGCAUUUCCACUACACCACAUGGCCUGACUUUGGAGUCCCCGAGUCACCGGCUUCUUUCCUCAAUUUCCUUUUCAAAGUCCGAGAGUCAGGCUCACUCAGCCUGGAGCAUGGCCCCAUUGUGGUCCACUGCAGCGCCGGCAUCGGGAGGUCAGGGACCUUCUGUCUGGCUGACACCUGCCUCUUACUGAUGGACAAGAGGAAAGACCCAUCUUCCGUGGACAUCAAGAAAGUACUGCUGGAGAUGCGCAGGUUCCGCAUGGGGCUCAUCCAGACUGCCGACCAGCUGCGCUUCUCCUACCUGGCUGUCAUCGAGGGCGCCAAGUUCAUCAUGGGCGACUCGUCAGUGCAGCAUGAGUCCAGACACUGAAGUUAGGAGACGGAUGGUGGGUGGAGGUCUUCAAAGUGCUCAGGCGUCUGUCCCCACCGAGGAAGAGCUGUCCUCCACUGAGGAGGAACACAAGGCACAUUGGCCAAGUCACUGGAAGCCCUUCCUGGUCAAUGUGUGCAUGGCCACGCUCCUGGCCACCGGCGCGUACUUGUGCUACCGGGUGUGUUUUCACUGACAGACUGGGAGGCACUGCCACUGCCCAGCUUAGGAUGCGGUCUGCGGCGUCUGACCUGGUGUAGAGGGAACAACAACUCGCAAGCCUGCUCUGGAACUGGAAGGGCCAGCCCCAGGAGGGUAUUAGUGCACUGGGCUUUGAAGGAGCCCCUGGUCCCACGAACAGAGUCUAAUCUCAGGGCCUUAACCUGUUCAGGAGAAGUAGAGGAAAUGCCAAAUACUCUUCUUGCUCUCACCUCACUCCUCCCCUUUCUCUGAUUCAUUUGUUUUUGGAAAAAAAAAAAAAAAGAAUUACAACACAUUGUUGUUUUUAACAUUUAUAAAGGCAGGUUUUUGUUAUUUCUGGAGAAAAAAAAAAGAUGCUAGGCACUGGUGAGCUUCUCUCGUGCCCUUUGGCAUGUGAUCAGAUUCAUGAUUUCUAUUGAUUUCCAGUGGAAGGAUCCCGCUGGGCAGGACUGUAAAGUUCCUGCUGGCGUGGGCAGCCCCCACUGUGCACCCGGAGCUUGCAGGUGCCCUGGAGCCCCAUCCUGUUGUGAGGAGGGCAGCCACAUGGGCUGCCUCUGAACAGCAAGCCCGGCUCUGCUUCGCUCAGGUGUCCCCCCCGCGGUUCCAUCCUUCUCGGUCUCCUCCCUCUUUGUGAGUGCCAUCUUGCAAAUGGCCCAGCCCUUGCCACCCUAUCCCUGUAAAUCCCUGAGGGCCUUGCCUCGGGGUCAGAGGUGGCUGCCAGCCUAAGUGCUGGGGUUUCCAUUUCAUUUGGAAAGUCAUUACUACUCUGUGUGGAAGCCACUCUACUGAGGUGCAAGCAAGACUGGUGAAGGAGAAAGGAGCCCUGGUGUCAUGGAAGCCCCUCGGCAGGACCUGUACCCCCCUCUGAAACACUGUUCCAGUGAACGCUCUCGAAGGCAUCAGAUAGAGGAUUUUUGCAGACUGCAAAGACUUCCUGAGUGGUGAUUUUCAGAGUCUGGACUCAAAAAACACCAUGGAGCGCUUACCGCGCUGCCUUCCAUGCUGGUAUGGCUGAGGCCGUGGGGAGGCCGGCGCUGUGGCUCCAUCCAGUGCGGAUGCCUUUGUGCAAUCGCUGCCCAGCAGCAGAGCCUGCAUGCCAGCCUCUGCGCUGCAGGCCACAAUGGCCAUGGCGGCCCAAAGAGUGAGCUGCGAUGGAGGCUUAUCACAUGGAGCUGCCUUUUCAGGCUAUGCAUCUCCCUUCCUGCUUUACCCUCUGCUUCCUUCCCGAGUAGCAAGCCCACCAUCAUGAGGAGUGCAAGGGAGGGGCAGGCAUUAGAGCGGGGUGCGGCUUUCGAGGUGAGGCCACCUCCGAGGCUGCCCUCCUCUUAUUUAUUCACUUUGCCCGGAGGUGGCCCCCGCGUGAGCAUGCCCUGAAACUGACCGUGUCUGCCUGCACCCAUGACCGUCAGGUCAGUCCUGGGGUUGAGGCAUGAGUGCAGGACUGACAGGAGCCACAGUAUGGCCAGUGCUGGGGCCAGGAGCAGGAGCAGGAGGGUGUGAAGAGCAGCCUUCAGGAGCAUAGGACAGUGGUAAUGCGCAGAGCCCCUGUGGCUGCUCCUGCGACGUGCAGGGUGGAGGCUGGGCUUUCUGCCCACGACCUUCUAGAUCCCAUUCCCGGCCUCUGCUUUCCCUGUGAGUUAGAAGAUACACAGUUCUGUGCUGGUGGCACCUUGUGCUUGACAUGGGAAACUUAGAAGCCUGCUCACUGACAGGCACCUCCCGUGCUCUGACCGGAAGUGGCCGUCGCUGAGUAACCACCGCCACUCAGUGAGAGCAGUGCUGUCCAGUCAGGUGCCACCUGACUCCUGGCAGGACACUUCAGGCUUCCGUCCUGCCACUCCACGCCACGCCACGCCAUGCCCCGCUGGAUCUCAGACAUUCCACACUCACACCUCAUUCCCUGGACACUUAGGCAAGCAGGGUUCUUCCACCUCUUGGAUCAGCCCCUCCAUUCCAAGUUCAUGCUGUCCUGGAGCAGGCCAGGACUGGAAGCAAGGCAGCUUGUGAGAAGCAACCUCCUGGGAACAGUAUGGAUGACAGCCUUAGAGUCGGCCUGCUGUCAUUGCUGGCCCCAGGGCCCCUUACCCAGAAGUGUGCAGCUCUCCGGCCUGGGAGAGACGGAUGACGGUGCUCAUGACUCUUCUGGGAGGGGAAGAACCGAGCCUUCACAUUGGGUGGCUUUUUAAAAUAAGCGAAGGCAGCUGGAACUCCGCUGCCUCGUGCCAGCAUUUCACAUUUUGCCUUUUACCCAGAGAAGCCAGCACAGAGCCACUGGGGAACAGUGAUAGCCUUGCCUGCAGAGCCUGAGGAGGUGGCACAGCCAGGGUCCAGGCUGGGAGCAGUUAGCAGUGGGCUGUGUCUGGAGUAGUGUGGUGUGUACAGUAGCCUUAGAGGUGGCUCUCCCGGAGAACAGGCGCUCUCUGCCCUGUCGCCCCUGUUGGAGGUAGCAAGCUGCUGUAUGCCUUAAGUCAACAUUUACUCAGCAGGGCUCUGUCUCUCUCUCUCUUUGUCUUUCUCUCUCUCUCUCUGUCUCUCUCUCUCUCUAAAUGGCCAUAGAAUAAACCAUUUUUACAAAAAUAAAAACCAACAAAAAACUGUGCCCUGGAAGAGUACCUUUGCAGGAGUGUGGGGUGUCUCAGGGUCUUCUGUGACCUCACAGAGCUGUCUGACUGCACCAUUUCCAACUUGCUGUCUCACUAAUGGGUCUGCAUUAGUUGCAACAAUAAAUGUUUUUAAAGAACA